GACAGCCACGAAAGAGUUGGACAUCAUGGUCGAGAUAAAACAUGGAAAGAAGUUAAUGAUCAAUAUGCGUGGAUACCACUCGAAGCAGUGAAAAUAUUUAUCUCCCAGUGUGAUGCGUGUAGUAAUCGACAAGUAUUUCCCAAACCAUUAGCUAAAGCUGCGCCGGUGGCUGAAAAACUUCUCCAACAGUUUUAUAGCUUUGGACCACCGAGAAUUUUACAGUCAGACAAUGGUAAAGAAUUUGUUGCUAAAGUGAUAAAAAAUACUUGGACCGAUCUCGUUAUUAUUAAUGGGCGAGCUAGACACCCACAAACACAGGAUUUGGUGGAAAGAGGCAAUCAGACAUUGGAAUUAGCUUUGGGAAAAUGGAUGCAGUCCCAAAAUACGACAGAAUGGUCAAAAGGUAUAUAA